AUGGCAUCUUCGGUGGUCGAUCGGAAGUUCCUUGGCAAGCUUGCCAAGGAAGUGGAACCGGAGAACCCACUGCUUUCUUCCAUCUUAUACAAGCUUCUGGGUCUAUCUCACCAACUCUCUGAUCUCUUGGUCAAGGCGCGAAAGCAACGGAAACUGGGACUUGAAAACGCGAACGAUGGACCCCAAACACUAUACAACCAUAUCCUGUGGCUGGCCAGAGAGGGACUGGUCAUGCUGGAGCAGUAUGUGCUUCCGAUGGUUGCUAAUUCGGGCGUUUUGAAGGUGCUUGCCUACAAAUUGCGCGCCUCGUUAUACCACGUCGUCGUCCUAUUUCACAACCAACCUCCGGUGUCUGCAAGAUAUAUAUCAUCGCCGGACUCCACUCCUUCCAGGCUUGACAAGGGCAAAGGCAUAGCGAGAGAUGACGAUUUUUUCGAGGCUUCGCCCGCCAUGCAGCAAAGAAGUCCCUACGAGGGCGGGCCCGUCGCGCCACCACCAGGCUUCGGUCCAGAACCACCAGGCGCUUUUCUACUCCCAGUGGGCGAUUACCUCCCCACGGCGCAUAGACACUUUCGCGACGCAUUAACGCUCGCGGAUAAGCAUCUUUGGGGCUCCCACUCCCUGCGGCUCUCUAUCAAGACAGAGUACUCUGCAUUCCUGUACGAGUGCGCCCACGACGAGGAAGCUAGUCGCAAGCUCGCGCGCAAAACAAUCAACGAGGUGUACGAGGCGACCGAGGGCAUCGACAACGACAUGUUUCAGGAUGCCUGCGAGCUUGUCACCGUUCUGGGCAGGAUGAUGAAGCGGGGCCAGCCACCAUCGAACAGGAGCAAGGCGUCGAGUCCGGGUACUGUUAUUGGCGCGCAGCAGCAGGCUGAGCCUUCGUCGGCCCGGGAAGUAGAGGCAGAGGUACAGGACGAGCCGAGCCCGGUGCCACAGGCUGAAAUGCCGAGCUCUGUUAUGCCUCCCCCGGCUUCUGAGGCGCAGCCAGGGUUUAUAUAA